GUCCUUCCUCCAGCAGUCCUGCUUCUCAGUGGUUCCGGCCCCUAACUCCCCUGGAGGAUACCAGAAUAGCCACUACAUCCUCUUCAUCCUCUGACCCAUGCAAAGAGGACCUGCCGUGGGGGAGGAAACAAACCACAACCCCCAAAAAAAGAAGAAACAGGAGAGUUCCAGUUGAUGGGCGCUGAGGGGCGGUCUGCCUCUGCUUAGGAGGCGGGGGCAGCGGGAGUCGGGGGGGGGGGAUCGCAAUGUCGUUGGCUCUCCUCCGGCUCCUGCGCCCCAGCUGGGAAAGCAGACGAAUUGAGCCAGGGAAGCACGAGGCGGAGAAGAGAGAGUGCUGGAUCAUCAGGCACAACCAGGCUGAGCCGGGUUGGUGGGCGCUGCUGUAGCAGCUCACCUACCUUGGGCCGCCUCGGACUCCCCCUUAUCCCCAGCUCCUCCUCCGAUCCUCCCCUCCCCGUCCCUCCCUUCCCCGCCUCCACUAGCCCGAGCCGGCCCCUGGCUCUCCUCUUUUGGAAGCCUUCCUACAAGGCUUCUCCGGAGCGAGCGCGAUGGAACUGCGAGCGCGGCGGUGGCUGCGACUUUUCCUGGUGCUGCUCUGGGGUGCUUGUCAAAGAACAAGUGGUUGCAAUGAAACACUUAUGCUGGAAAGGUUGCCUGCAUGUGGCAAAGCAUUUGAAGACAUGAUGAGGAAAGUGGACACAAAGAAUUGGUGCAAUUUGACUGAAUUUAUCAUGUACUAUGACAACUUUACCUCUUGCACAGAACUUGAAACCAACAUUGUGGGGUGCUUUUGGCCCAACCCCGUGACAGAGGGCUUCAUCACAGGAGUUCACAAACAGUUCUUCUCCAACUGUACGUCGGACAAAGUGCAUUGGGAAGAUCCACCAGAUGAAAUUCUCAUUCCGCUGAUUCUGAUUCCUGUCCUGCUGACAGUGGGCAUGGCGAGCUUGGUGGUGUGGUGCAGUAAACGGAAUGAUGUUUUGGUGUAGCCUGCAUUUUCCUCUUUUGACUUUCCUUGUUUCCCUUUUUUUUUUGGAAAAAAAAACAACCCAGCAGAAGUCAAGCAUCAGGAACCAUUGUCUAUGUAAGGCUGCUUCAGCCUAAAUAGCUCCUAUCCAGAGGAAAUCUUUCUGGGCUUGAAAAGUCUUGAUGAAAAGCUGCCAUUUUGGAGUUUGGUUUGUGUCAUGAAACCGACUCAUUUUUAAUGAUGUAAAGACACUGGGUUUCAUCAUAUUUCUAACUCUACCAGGGACAAAAUGGAAAUUUCUAGAGGAAUUGACAGUGUAGAAGCUGCUGAAUACAGAAAGAUGAAAGGCAGUGUGGGCCAGUGAGAACUAAGUUUAUCCAUUGUUUCUAGCUAAUCAUUCAUCUCACAAAUAGCUAUGGUAAAGUUUGAGUUACUUGUCUCUGAGUUGGUAGAAGGCUUAUGUUGUGAGCUUGACACCAAAGGUCUUCCACUAAUGGAUUUCCCAGAAGGUUAUCUCAGUUCUUUUAUUUGUAGCAAAAGGAAGACAAUACAACCAAAGAUGGGUACUGCUGUUUUGAAGACAACAAUUCAAACAAACACCUUUAAGGAGAAAGGACCAUAUCACACGAAGGGAUGUUAACAGAAGUGCUUCGUAAGGAUGGACUUCUUGACUUGAGAAGGACAUGAAACUAGCUUCAAGAAGGAUGCAGACCCCUUUCUCACAAUGAGGAAAGAGUGAUAGGAAGUGAACUGCCUUAAUUUGUCAAGGAGUAAUGAAGAAGCUAGAUACAUCAGAUUCCUUCAUUUGUUCUUUAAUUAUUGCUGUCACUUUUAUGAAAACAUGAGUACUGACUGGUUUCUUCCCAUGCCUCUCUCUGCUCCCAAAGGGAUUGUGUGUGCACAGUGUUCUAUAAAUAAUAGAAUACCCAGGCGGCAGAGAUGCCUUUGAAAUGUUAACUGUCAGAAACUGGCUUUCUUUUUAGAUGGAUUAGGACAUGCAUUAGGAGUGAAAAAAAAAGCCACAAGGAAGCUUGUAGCAGACAGUGUGGAUUACAUAGAAUGGGGAAGAAAACAGCUUCUCCAGCAAAGUGGGAGAAAUCUAUUUCUACAGGUUGCCAUAAAAAUGUGGAUGCCUGUGUGUUUGCUGGGCAAUUGUUUUCCCUGUUCCUUCUUUGAGCCCCUUUCCUGUCACUUCUCAAUUGUCCUUUAAAUAAUCCAUGUGAAGUGAAUAGUCCAGUUUGGCUUCUUCAGCCAAAAUUUUUCAUUCUUUAAAUGUAUCUUUCUUGGGUCCCAGUUGGCUCUUUUAUUCUUAAGGGAGCAAAAUUUGUGUUUGUAACAACUGUGUGUAUAAUUCCUACAUGUAAGAUGUGUUUAUGGUUUUGAACUAUUCAGUGGUCCUCUGUUUUUAAAAAGUCUCUAAGUAAAUGUGUAUAUUUGGUGUUUUAUUUUUUUUUUUGUCUUCUUUCACACUGCUCUAGUAAACAGCAAAUGCUUUCAUCAAU